AUUUGAUCCUUUCCGAAUUUUCCAAGUCAAUAUGGAAGGAGAAAAGUGUAGAUUUCAAGAACCUCAAAUUUUUAGAAGUUGAGUGUAAUUGUAAUAGCUUGAAAUACAUAUUUAGCGUUUCCAUGGCCUUGGAACUUGUGCAAUUGAGAGAUAUAAGAGUUAAAAAAUGUCCCAUGAUGGAGUACAUUAUCAAGAAAGAAGCAGAGGAAACUGCGAUGGAUACAGUCUGCUUACCAAAUCUUGUGAAUAAGACUGGAGUCAUGUUCAGAUUUGAAAAGUUUUUGCAUGGGAAGUAUUACUCUGCAUUGUCCAUCUUUGAUAACAAUUGAAGUAGAUGACUGUCCAAAGAUGUACGCAAUGGCAUGUACAAGGGAGGUAGGUGGAGGAGAAAAGACACCCUUUUUCAAUGAUAAGGUUUUGUGUGCCAAUUUGGAUUGGUUGGAGCUAUCGUCCACUAACAUCCAGAAAUUAUGGCCAGAUGUACCACACAGUGCCAUAUCCUCUAGUGUUCAUAAGUUGCGAAUCUUAAUUGUGAAGGGUUGCCACAAUUUGGAAUAUAUAUUUCCAUCCUUUUCAAGAAAAAAUUUUGUGCAACUCGUUCAACUUCGCCUUGUCGAUUGCGACAACUUAGAAGAAGUGAUCUUUACAGAUGAAGCGACAGCAGAAGAAGAAGGGAUAACUGAGGCUUACUGGUUCACUAAACUAAAUCUAUUGGAGCUCAGUAGGCUUCCAAAAUUAGGGACAUUCUGUCAUGGAGAAAACUCAGAGACUGGUUCCCCAACCCUCUUCAACCAAAAGGUUGUGUUCCCUAACUUGAUCCAUUUGACCAUUCAAGGUAUUGGGAAGUGCAGAAAGAUAUGGCACGAUAAACCCAAUAUGAAUUCAUUUAAUGAAUUGACCUUCCUCUUGGUGAAAGACUGUGAAAGUUUCAAAUAUUUUACCUUUUAGUGUGGUGAAAAGACUUGAAAAGCUAGAAACUCUGGUAAUAGAGGAAUGUAAGUCGGUUGAAGAAAUAAUUGGACCUGAUGACGAUCACUUACGCAAUUCCAAUGACUCACACGCAGAACAUCCGCCCAAUCGGUCGAACUCAAAUCAAUCACCAAGUUUGUGUUUCCUAAAAUAACAAAGUUGUAUCUUGGAGUGCUACCCAAGUUGAAGGGUUUCUACUCCAAGGUGCAUACUACGGAAUGGCCAUCCUUGGAAAAAUUGGUGGUGAGUGAUUG